UUUGUGAAGAACCAAUCUUUGAAUAGUGGUGGGUGCUAAGAAAGGGACCAUUUGCUUCUCUCACUUCCUUCUCUCCUUAUCUCUAUCUCUCUCUCUCUCUCUCACUUCCUCACAAACAUUCCAAACUGCAAGAGAGAGACACAGAGAUGGGGAAUUGCCAAGCAGUAGAUGCAGCAGCAUUGGUGAUACAACAUCCUAGUGGGAAGCAGGAGAGGAUGUACUGGCCUAUCCCAGCCAGCGAAGUAAUGAAGACGAACCCAGGGCACUACGUCUCUCUCAUAAUCCCUCUACCCUUCCCCGGUGGUGGGCAGGAGAGCUCAGACGAGCAGAGGACCGUUAGGUACACGCGUGUUAAGCUUCUACGCCCGACUGAUACUCUAGUUCUGGGCAGAGCUUACCGGCUUGUCACUACUCAAGAGGUUGUGAAAGUGAUCAGAGCAAAAAAGCACGCACGAAGCAAGAGAAACCAGUCGGAAUCAGAUCAAAACACGGAGGCGAAUUCAGAGAAGCACGUUACCAGUUCUGAGCACGAGGCGGGAGCAUCUGCAAUGGCGAAGAAGAACAAUCAGGCAAGAAGAUCCGACAGACACAAACAACGAUCAGGGUCGACAAAUCCUGCUGCAGGACGGCCCAAAUCAUGGCAGCCAUCUCUACAGAGCAUUUCUGAGUUCGGGAGCUAAAGUAAUAAUCCACAGAAGAUGAUGGGAACACAACUCAAUCAUGAAAUCAUGAAAUCUUGAAACUCAAAAAAUUUGUGGAGCAACAAUCCUUUUGUAUAGCUAAAAGAGACUGUUGAAGUAGAGCCUCUUUCUUGACUAGUACAGCUUAAGUAGCGAACAAUUUCAACACCCCGAUUCAUCCCUCUUUGCAUUGUAAAACUAACCAAACAUCAUGUGCCACAAAAUGGAGAUAGGUGGGGAAGAUUUGUAACUCAUUCGUGUGAUUUGGAGUUCCAAUCUUCCCAAUCCCGAUCGACAUAGUUCUGUGCCCACAAUAACGAGGCUCGAGCAGCCAAUGCUGCUCCAGCCAGAUUUUUAUCCUUUAGUGCCAACAUCAUAUCUGUGAAAGGCUCAA